AUGAAUUCCUCCCUCGGAAACCACCUCCUUGCGGAUAUCACCAAGCGCAAGAUUUCCCGCAGCGCCCGUGUAUCCAGCUGGGAUCAGAAAGGCUUGAACGAAGAUGCCUUUGUGGUCUUGCCACGUGAAACUAUGCUGAUUGCAGAUCUGGAGGGCCCUGGUGCCAUUACGCAUCUGUGGUUUGUCCAGACAUGCAGAAAGAUUCUGGGACCUGGAUUAAUUCACUAUUCGAAGUCUGGGGUCGCCAUGAUGGAGAUUCAUAACGCCCUCGGUCUCAACUACGAAGUAAACGACCCGGACUACUAUCGUAAGGUGCUCAUCAAAAUGUAUUGGGACGAUUCCGAAACGCCUAAUGUGCUCGCACCAAUCGGUGACUUCUUCUGCCUUGGCCACUCCAUGGCUGCGAAUUUCCAGUCGCUGCCAUUCACUGUAUCCGUAAAGCCCUCAGAGGAGAAGAAAUUUGGGGGGGCCGCCGCCUUCAACUGCUACCUGAAAAUGCCGUUCGACAAACGCGCUCGCAUCGAGAUAGAGAAUCAGAACGACGAAGCAUACAUUCAGUACUUUUAUAUCGAUUACGAGCUGUAUGCCCAGCCCCUUCCUAAGGAUACGCUUUAUUUUCACGCGCAUUGGCGCCGGGAGAACCCAACCAAGGGUUGGGCCCCAGCUGAUAUUCAAACAAAUAGCUUGGAGACACAGGUCAAGAAUCUGGACGGCAAAGAUAACUAUGUCAUUUUGGAAACCGAGGGCGCUGGUCACUAUAUUGGCUGCAACCACUCAGUCCUCCACUUUCAGGGGACUUGGUGGGGCGAGGGGGAUGAUAUGAUCUUCAUUGAUGAUGAUACAUGGCCGCCUAGCAUGCACGGCACGGGAGGAGAGGAUUACUUUUCCCAGGGUUGGGGUAUGCAGAAGAACGCAUAUCCAUUUUGCGGCACCAUUAUUCACGAGGAGGACGUGCCCAAUUACCAGGUGAGCUAUCGCUGGCAUCUGGCUGACCCCGUCAGAUUUGGCAAAAAAAUCAAAGUCACUUUGGAAUCUGGUCAUGCCAACCACCUUCGUGACGACUGGUCGACCACUGCCUACUGGUAUCAAACAUUGCCGGGUCCCAAGCUCGAAAUUUUGCCCGUCGCUAGUCGUCUCCCUCAUAAGCCCGAAAUCAUUCCUCCCGCCCCAGAUUUGUCUGAGAUUGAGAUCUCCACGCUAAGCUUAGAAAAGAAAGAGAAGUUGGCACAACGUAAAGCGAGGUAUGAUAUGUUCGUUAAGGACCGGAAUGAAUGGUUGGAGCGACGAGCGAAGGACUCAAGGGAACGGGCGAUGAACAACGUGCAAAUCUGCAAAGACAUUCGUCAACGGUUCUUAGAAAGCCUGAAUGAAUAG